UCUUGUGGGAAUUGAUACGGUAUCCAUCUUCUACGCGAUGGAGGUAAAACUGUAGAAGGGUUUCGAUCCAAGAAUCCUCUUCUUUGCUUUUUGAAGAUUCGGGAUUAUGGGGUAUCUGAUCGAGGUGAAGGGGAGCUUGGCUGAGGAUCUAUUGAGUACCGUAUCAAAACCCUAACGGGAAAAUCAUAAACUAAUAAAGGAAAAGUAACGCCACUAGAAAAUCUCUCCCCCUGUCUGGAAGCUGCAAAGUGCAGAUCGUCUCCACUCUCUCUCUCUCUCUCUCUCUCUCUCUGCUAUACUAUCUGUGGCUAGAGGAGGAGGAUUCAAAACCCUAAAAAAUCUCCUGAUUUUCCCUGGGGAAAAUUCGUUCUUCCUCGCCAAUCCGCCGAGAAGCCCUAGUUUUUGCUGCAUUUGGAGCUCUGAAACCGUCGAUCGGAUCUGCGCACUCUGGAACGGUUCCGCCAUGGGGCUUCCGGGCUUCCCGGUCGAUCUUAAGCUGGUUCAGAGAGUAGACCAGUAGAGUGAGUAAAACUAAAGAGAGAGGAGGAAGAGAGGGGAAUACAAGAUGUAUAAGAAUCAGCUUCAGGAGCUAGCGCAGAGGAGCUGCUUUAACCUUCCGUCAUAUACUUGCAUAAGGGAAGGACCCGAUCACGCACCGAGAUUUAAGGCUACCGUUAACUUUAACGGCGAGAUCUUUGAGAGCCCCAACUAUUGUACGACCUUAAGGCAAGCUGAGCACUCGGCAGCCGAGGUAGCGCUCAAUUCGCUUUCCAACAGAGGUCCCUCACAUUCGCUUGCGGCCAGGAUCCUGGAUGAGACUGGGGUCUACAAAAACCUCUUACAGGAGAUUGCACAAAGAGUUGGAGCACCUCUGCCUCAAUACACAACUUAUCGGUCGGGUCUCGGGCACCUACCUGUCUUUACUUGCAUUGUGGAGCUGGAUCGGAUUACUUUCACUGGUGAACCUGCCAAGAACAAGAAACAAGCUGAAAAGAAUGCAGCCAUGGCAGCAUGGUCGUCUCUAAAACAAUUGGCACAGCAAUCUGCAAGUUCAUCCUCAGAGACAGAGAACAAUGAUGAGCAGGAGCAGAUCACUAUAGCUCGGGCACUACUAAACUAUCGACUGAAGGAAAAGGUCGGAAUGGCAAACUUGCCUGAUGCUCCAGUUCCAUUCUCAAAGAAAUUCCCAAUGCAAAACCUGAGACCAUCAAGUACACAGCCUCCCCCUGUUACGACCUCAAAAAUCCUCCCAUUAAUCCGCAUGAAGACAGCUCCAAGGACCAGACCGGUAUCCUCAACACCAAAUGAAAGCUCCCAACAAUCACAGUUCUUGCCACCUGAAAACCGUGGUGUUCGGCCCCAGAAAUUCCCCACAGCAGGAGCAGCACCAUACAUCCCUGCCAGGCAUUUCAGGCCAAUGUACCAUGGGAUUGCACCACCAGUGACAAUAAGGACCUCAGUACCAGUUUUCUCCGCCCCACCAGUACCCCCACCGCCAACUCGUCCUCAGGUGAUGGGAGCACCGCCAACUCAUGUUGCUCCACCAGUCUGCAUCAGGCAAGCAGUGCCAGUGUUUGCUGCUCCACCCCUUCGUAAAGAGGAACUGCCAGCUCCAGUCCUUUGUAAGGAGGAGCUGCCAUCUAUGAAGGUUUCUUCCUUGCCAUCCAAAUCCUCAGUUCAGAUAGAGGACACUGGGAGCAUGACAACUGGGAAUGACCUGCAAGAAUCUGUUGCUACAGAAGGCAUGAAACAGCUCAAAAUUUGAUUUUGGUAGGGGAGGAUUUGAAUCUGGAGGAAACUGUUUCUGACUUUGCAUUGGGUUUUUGGUUGGUUUUCUAAUCUUUACACCUUACGAGUGUUUUUACUACAUUGUCUUUAGAUGCAUUGGCAUUUGACUCAGGCAAUCUCAAGUUUUGACGAUGUGGCUAUGCGAUAGCAAUUUGUAUUAAUGGGGAAAUGAUCCUCCCAGUCCGCCUAUUUGUGCUCA